GACUAUUGACUGCAAAAGUAGGUAUUUCUGGACGUUUCCAUUUAUUUUCAGAGGAGUAGAUGACAGCGUCUUCACGUUAGAUUUCAACUUUUAUAUUGGAGUAUCAACAAACAUUAAUUUUAUUAUUACUCUAAAAAAAAUUAUUUUUGCUUUUAAAUGUGCUUCGCCCUUUCCUAAUUCACAAUGAAAAAGUUUUACCACAGGAAAGAUUUGCCAGUAGAGGAAUCUCCAUUAACAUUGCAAUUGCAAAGGCGCCAUACUGUUGUCGAAGGUGAUAAAGAUAAUACAAAAGUGGUCACUAAGCUAAAACCAGUAUGUCGCUCUAAUAGUACCAGCAGUAUUUACAGACCACCGAAGACAGCAAAAGAUCUGAGCUCUCAGAAGGGAUAUCUUGAAAGUACACUGUCAUCAAAUUCUUCAGGAGCUUCAUCUGCAUCAACAGUAGUAAUCACCGAAUGUCAGCUCUCUUCAUCUUGGUUGUAUAACAACAAAAAGGCUCAAAUGUGUCCAAAAAGUCCAAACGAAUCUAUAUCUGCAAGUGAGUCAUCCUCCCGACAAGCAUCGGAUAACGAAGAAGCUAAAUCCCCGAUCAUUCAUCGGCCAAAAGUUAAAUCUAUUUCCUCACAGAGUAGUCGCUCGAGAAAGUGUUCUUCCUGUUGUUGCUAUGCAGCAAUUGUAAUACUUGCUGGUUUCGCAGCCAUGGGAAUAAUAUCCACAAUAGGAGGAAUUAUUUACAUGGAAUUCUUUUCUGGAUCAAACAAAACCCAAUCUCAAGGAGACUCAGCGAUUGGUCGAAGUGGAAAUUUAAGGUAUAGGGAAGAAAUUGGUCAGGUGAAUGUAGGUGGAAAUCAUACCUCUCAAGAUUUGUCUGGAGAUGAAAUUCGGGACUCAUCGUCAGAGCCGAAGCAAGAACUAGAAAUUUUGAAUCAUUUUAAAGAUUCGAACAACGAAAAUUUAAGAAAAAAUAAGAGCAAAGGGAGUGGAAAUAUUUUACGAGUAAGGAAAGUUAAAAAGAAUGCUAUUCCAACUACAGAUGCUGAUAUCACAACAAUUAGUCCCAUGACGCAUGAGGGACAACUGCAGGAAGAGUCUAAUGAAAAGCAAAACGUUCACCAAGUGAAUUUUCUUUCCCCGGGGACACAAAACAACUCUCCUUACAGCAAACUGUUUGAAUUGUAUAAAGACAUUCACACAAAUAUUAAUAAGAAUUCGAACACUCAACAGGAAUCUUCGAGCUUUGAAGAAAAUGAACCAAAUUCAAAGGUAACUGAUAUAGAAGAUAUUUCUGAGCAUGUCCACGAAAAUGAAAAAGAAAGCGAUAACCACUCACGGCUCUUAGAUGAGUCUUUUGAUACAAAUGAAUCUUCGGAGUCAUUACAUCCAGAUUCAGAGGUGGAUUCGGAAGAAAGCCUUACUCUAUAUGGAGUGAAAUCGGAUCCUGAAAUUCCAAAGUAUUUUUUUCGAAGGCCAUUUCAAGAUUCUGGUGAAACUUUCAGAAAUUUUUUCAGCUUGACUGGAGAAAGUGACGUCAGUUCAGAAGAACAGCUAUCUAAUCAAAGUUUUUUACCACAUAUACCGAAGCUUACAGAACUGACAGACUCCGAUGACAAUGUUAACAUUAAACUUGAUGUAAAUAGUCCAGAUGUAUCAAUUAGUUCAAAGGAUCCUUUAAAAGAGUCUUUUAAAUCAGAUUUAGAUUUUAACUUAAAUGCAAGUAGUGAACCAAGGGGUGAAGUUUCAGGACCUGCAAUUCCAAAGAACUUUAUCCAAAUACCACCAAAAAAUACUGACUUAACCUUCAAAAACAUAUUUGACCCUGACGAAAGGAGUGACGUUGAUAAUCCAGAAGAGUCACCUUUACCUAGGUUUUUACCACAUAUACCAGAGCUUUCAGAUCAAAACGAUGCCAGUGACAGUAUUGCCAUUAAUCUUGACGCAGAUAAUCAGGAAUCUGACUUACCAUUUGAACUGAAUCGCCCAGUCAGUGAAGCCAAAAUAGCUCUACCAGGGCCAUUAGAUUUGAUAAGGAGAUUUACGAUGGGAAUAGAACCUGAUAACAAAGGGAACAGUGAAGUGGAAAAACAUGACAGAAGAUUCUUUUUAGAGCAGGCACUGGAGAGACUGAGAUCUCUGGAUGUUAGAAAUAUUCUUCCUUCUUCGAGACAAAAAAACAAUUCUAAAAAGAAUCCAGAACAGAAGUUUGAACCUAAAAUUCAAAGCGAGCAAGAAGUUUUUACUGAAAGAUCCAAUUACUUGCAAAAAUUAAGGCACCGAUUGUAUGAGCAGUAAAUUUAUGAAUGUUUUAAGGCGAAGUAAUUUUAUUUAUCACUGUUCAGAAUUUAAGUGUUUUACUGUUUUGCAAGAUUUUAAAUUUGCUA